AUGACCUGGCUUCAACUCUCUUCAGUUGCUCUCACAUUGAUAUCUGCGUGGUCAACGGUAGCCGCAACACAUCAUGAAGUGACAGUCGGUGCAGGAGGACAGCUGAAAUUCAUUCCUGAGACUCUGAACGCUCAAGUGGGAGACCAAAUCACUUAUCGUUUCUUUGCCAAGAAUCACUCCGUCGUUCAGUCAACAUUCGCAGAGCCGUGUCGACCACAGAUAGGAGGCUUCUUCUCCGGAUUCGUCGCAAACCCUAGUCAAGACGACGCAGCACCUACCACCUUUACCAUUCAUGUGAACGAUACUAAGCCAAUAUGGGUGUACUGUGGCCAAAGGAACAACGAUCACUGCCAGAAUGGAAUGGUUCAUGCCAUCAACGCAUCUCCUGAGGGAACGAACACAUUUUCCAACUUCAAGUCAGCUGCAUCCAAUGCCCAGAGGCCAAGUCUGACGCCAUCCGACGGGCUUCCUGUCGGAGGCGUUCGAAAACUCCAUGUCGACGUGGGCUCCAAUGGAAAUCUGGUCUUCGAUCCAAGCAACGUAGCAGAGCUUCCAAGGACAGUAAUAGAGUUUAGCUUCAACCCAGCCAACCACUCAAUUGUGCAGUCGUCAUUCGAUGCCCCAUGCCAACCCUUGGAUGGCGGGUUCAGCACCCCCUUCGUUCCAACACAACAAGCACCGUCAGGAGUGACAUUUGAAGUUGUAGUCAAGGACACCAAGCCAAUUUGGUUCUACUGUGCGCAGACCGCAAAGACGCAUUGCCAGGCUGGAAUGGUGGGAAGCAUCAAUGCAGCGACUACCGGGGACAAGACCUUUGAAGCCUUCAAGCAGUUGGCGGCGAAGGCGCCUGCCUCCAACCUCCCAACACAUCAGCCUAACGUCGGUGUUCUUAAAGUCAACGGUACGGCCGUUUACAAUGUGAACGGCGUCGUGUUUGACUCUACCAAGACUGGAUGGGAUUCCUCGAUUGUCACGGACGUGCCUGCUCCUGGCUACACCUAUUCUCCUUACAUGGUUGCAAUGGCUGGUGGUUCUGUACCUGAGAACUAUGGCUGGACUGAUAGGCUCUCAUCAAAUGCGACGGAGUACUUGCAAGCCAUGCAAUUGAUGGACCAUUUUGUGGUACAAGUCCUGUUUGAGGGCUAUAGCAAGCUGCGCCAGGGGGAGUGGACGGGAAUCCCCGAGUCUAUUAUCAGCAUCUUUGGCUCCAUGUUCGCACAAGCUUUGAUUCAAAGAUCGACUUAUAUCGAGUCUCUUCAGCACUUCAACAAGCCAACAAUUAACGGAUGCAAGUUCAAUAUAGACAGCAGCAGCUUCGAUGAGUGGCUGCAAACCUCCUUGACUGCCACGACCUUGUCCACAGGCGCUGUCAUGGAUAUCAUAACGCAAGUCGAAGGGCAGGACCACUGGAUGAUCGCCGCGCUUGCUACAGCGCUUGGGUCAAAGGCGAGAAUGAGCGCUGUGAUCAACAUGAUGCAGAACCACAUGGCCGCCAGCGCCCCUCGUGAGGUGUUGAUUCCCGUCGAGCUCGCGCUUGGCUAUGUCCGAUCCAAGUAUGCUGUUGGAGGUACAUGCGGGCCUGAAGCAGAUAGUCUCAACAGCAAAGCUGAUUUGCCGGCACUAAAUAUCACCGCUAAGGAAACGCAGAGUGGUACCGGCCGCCUAACUAGCAUCACCGUGUCGUUACCAUCGUCAAAUGGAAGUCGGUAUGUUGCUUGGAUCGGACCCUGGGGUGGUAUCAAGUAUUCGGACCUUGAUGCAGAUGGGAAGACGGUGGUUCCGGAAGGGUUAUCUGGGCACGUCUGGAUUGCUGUGACCUCUGCUAAGGGCAUGAGAGCCAAGGAGAUUAGCCAUUCGGCGCUCACUGCGAUUGAGAAAGUCUGGGUUGUCGACCCUUGGGGUCAUGAUGGUUAA